AUUUAUGUGAAAUGGUUUGAUACAGUAAUGGAAUACUAUGUGAUUUUAGUGAUUUUAGUGAAUGUCACUUUUUGUCAUUUUUGAAUUUCCCGCCGUUCCGUCCCCCGUACGUCCCGACGCUCACAGGGGACGGAACCCAGAUGACAGAUGCCGGCAUCGGCCAGAUUACAUUGUCGGGGACACUGCAGGGGGGACAUCGUGGGAGCGCAGGACAAGGUAAGUGAUACAGGGAUCGUGGAGCAGCGCCACAUGGUAUUCCCGAGUGUAGCUCGGGGUUACCGCUUGUGCUACACUCGGGAAUACCGCCAGGGAGGGUAAGC